AAGAAGAGAAAUCUAGGCGUCCCCCUUCUGCGUGCUGCUGCUAGUUAACACGACUGCUAUCUAACCACCAAUGACCACCAAGACACCAGACAUGGAUGCCGAGCCCAACUAUCGCCGGACAAAACCGGGUGUUAGAUCAACUCAACAUGAAGCUUCAAAUGGAGCUUCUGGACCCUCUUCACAGAUUCCAGGUUUGUCUCAGACUGCCGACGUCACUCCUGAGGAAAAAACUAAAGGACGGCGUGUAGGAAUUCAGGCAUCUGACUCGGAUUAUGUUAAACUUGCAAAACAAGGAGGACAGAAGGGUUUGUUGUGGCACGAUGAUCCUGUGGAAUCAAAACCUAACAGUACCUACAAACCCUCUAAUUGGUUCUCUGGCUCACCCGAUGAUCAAGAGAGCGGAAGUAAUGCAACUACCCCUGACGGAAUCAGCAAGAGUGAGUCUAAAGGGGCCUUACAGCAACUGGAGCCCCCAUUUGGAACUGAUAACUGUUCAGCCUGGGACAGGGAUUCUGGUAAUGACAAGAAUGUCAACAAUGCUACGUCGGAGAUGCAGAAACUCUCCCUACAAGAUAUAGAUGAGGCCAACAAGUUCAAAAAGACUUCCCAUGAUAAGAAGAAAACAGCUCCAGUCAGCAUGUCCAAACUUUUAAGCUUUGGUUAUGCCCAGGAUGAGGAUAAAUCUCCCAAUGAUGAUGAUGCUUCAAGCAUUACCUCUGAGCAGACAAGCACCAUUGCACCAGAGGAUGAAUUGGAAUAAAAGACGAUUGCCCCCCAAAACCCUUCUUCAAGAAUUGUUGUUCUCUUGUAUCCAAUAGCUCCUUUGCAUCAAACACCCGCUCUCUGCUUAAAGCAAAAACACUAUUUUUCUUCAUUGACUAGUUUGUGUCAGGCUCACAUAUCUAUGGUGCUUGUGAUCUGUAUAACUAACCCUAGAAGGAAGGAAUAUUUGUGUCCCUAAAUGAAAACUACAGGUUAUGUGCACUACAAAAUACAUCUUAGAUGCAUUGAGCAUUGAUGUCAAGGUAGAGCUGAUUUUCAUAUUCAUGUUUCACUUAUUCAUUAAUGCUCAUGUCAUGGCGCUAUAAUGUGCCAAAACUUUAGGAACACUGAAGAUAACACACACAUUUAAACAGAUAGGAUGAACUUAUGCCACGUUAAAAACAGCUCUUUUUCACCUCACGUUGUCAAUGAAUAUGACAAAAUGCGUAAGCUGCAAACAUACAUUAUUACUCACUUCAGCAAAUCUCUGGUUUGAACACUUUUGAGUAUCCUUAUGGUCUAAUAGUUAACUAAUUGAGUACAAGAUGUGCACACAAGAAGGCCAUCUUACCAUGAAUUAAUACAUAAAGUAAGGAGAUGCCCUUUGAGAACAGGAAGGGGGUUUAGGGAGUUCGUGAUUGUGAAUGUCUGUUAUUAGUAUUAAUGUAAUGGUAAAUAAUCUCAGAUUCAGUUGUUUUGGUGUUAAAUGCUGUAUAAGUUAUGUUUACACUUGCUGUCAGUUCAUGCCUAUAAAUGAUAACUAAAUAAAAUUGCAUGUGCAUGAAAUG